CUAUAAAUUAAACGUGCAUCAUUUAGAAUAGAGUCACUAUACUUCUCAUUUUCCACUAUUCACGUACCACCUCUAACACAAAACCAAAUUAGAGAGGAAAAAAAAAGAAAGGGAGACAAAACCGUUUCUUGAAUUGUUUUUUCAGUUUUCACAAGAAGAAAGUAAUUCUCUUCUCUUUGUUAAUAAGAAAUGGGCAAGGACAAGACUAUUGGUGUGGCAGUGGAUUUUUCAAAGAGUAGCAAGGAAGCUCUAAAAUGGACAGUUGAAAACUUGGCUGAUAAAGGUGCCACAGUUUACAUAAUACACAUCAAAACUCACACUCUCAGUGAGUCCCGCGAUCAGCUCUGGGCAAAAACCGGUUCUCCUCUUAUUCCAUGGGUGGAAUUUCGGGAGCCUGAUGUGAUGAAGUAUUAUGAUAUCAAGAAGACUGAUGUCGAAGUUGUUGAUUUGCUUGAUAAAGCUGCUAAGCAGAAAGAGAUAAACAUUGUGGCAAAAGUGUACUGGGGAGAUGCAAGAGAAAAAGUGUGUGACUCUAUUGAAGAUCUGAAGUUAGAUUCUUUGGUCAUGGGUAGCAGAGGCCUAAGUGCUAUCCAAAGGAUAAUGUUGGGAAGUGUAACAAACUAUGUAUUGAACAAUGCAGCGUGUCCAGUGACUAUAGUAAAGGAUCCUGAUUUCCACAAGCAUUAAUGACAACUAACUGCUCCAACGUGAGCCGUGAUGCUCAUUGAAUAAGAAUGUUUUUUACCCUCUUUAUAUCUCUUGAAGCUUAAGAUAUAUAUAUAUAUAUAUAUAUAUAUAUAUAUAUAUAUAUAUAUAUAUAUAUA